AUGAGUCGGGAUUUGGCCAGGGAUGUGGAUGAGGCGUUGCAGCAGGACCGGUAUGACCUUCCGCUCUUCCUGCGCUUCCUGAAAAGUUACGUCAUGGCAGGCACGCAGCCGGACAAGGAGUUGCUUCUGGGUGUUCUUUUGCAGACGCUCCCGCGCUUCCAAUGUAGCGACUUUUCAGCGUGUAUCUCUCUUGUGCCGGGACACGUGCAGGACGCCCACUACAUUGAGAAGGAACUGGGCCUAAUUUACGACCUGGAAAACUACCUGAGCUGUGGCAGGUUUGUGCAGUUCUGGGAGGUGUGGGGCGAGGCAAAGGGCCUCCUCGCCGCCGCGCCCAGCUUUGAGCCGCAGGUGCGGGCCGGCAUUUUGAUGGUGGUGGCCAGCACGCUCGAGAAGGUGCCGGUAGCGAAGAUGGCGACGUACCUCGGAGUGAGCCCCGACCAGCUGCCGUCCACGCUCAGCGAAUCGGCCCGCAUCGCUGGCGAUGCCAUUUUGCUUCUCUCCUGCGACGCGGAGACGGUGUCGUUUGCCAAGUCGAUCUUCAACGCCCCGGAGAGCGAUUCCAACCAGCAGCCACUGCGCUUCUCCGACAUUGUCUCGAUCGUCUCGUGA